AUGGCUAAUAAAAAUGAAAAAAUACCAUCUGAAACAACUGUACGUAUAUCUAUACCAUAUCUAACAAAUUUAAUUGUUAGUUUACCAUUGAUUGGUAUGGUGGCAAGUUUUAUAGCAUCUGUUCUAUUUACGAAAGAACAAAUAUUUGAAUCUGAAUGUGGAUCUCGAAAUUUUAUUCCAUCAUUUUCAUCAGUAAUUGGUGUAUCACCCGGUAAAUAUAUAUGGCGUAUGGCCAUAGCCUUUCAUUGUUUUCCACGUUUUCUAAUUGCAUUACUUUAUCAUAAUCAAUUUCGAACAAGUCUAAAUAAAUUAAAAACAAAUACUGGAAUAAAAUUUCUUAUAUUAAAACAAUUAAUACAUUUAAAUACAUUUUUUGAAGUAUGUGAAGUAUUUGGUUUAAUUUUAUUAUCAUAUAUAUCAUCAAAAGAAAAUUAUAGUUUACAUGAAAAAGCAUUUAUUAUAUUUAUGUUAUCAUCAACAUUACGUAUGGUAACAUGUUUAAUAUUAUUUCGACAAUUAUUAUAUAAAUGUUGGUUAAAUAAUGAAAUGAAUGAAAAAAAUAAAAAAUUUCGUUUUCAAACAUCAUAUCAAUGGAAAAUGGGUUUAUUUUGUUUGGCAUUUAUUUUUUCACUUUUACUGGUCAUUGCAUAUAUAAGACAUACAAGUAAAUGUUCAAAUAAUAUCGGACAACCAUCAACAGCUUGGAGUUAUUUUUCUGCAUGUGAAUAUAUUAUUUGUUGUGUUAUUAUGGCUUAUCAUGCAACAGUUUGUUGGGAUUUUAAUCAUUUUGAAUUGACAAUUUAUAAUAAAACAACAACAAAAUUAAAUCAUGAUUUAAAUAAAUCGGAACAAGAUAUUGAAAAUGAACAAAAAGAUAUUUAUUUAUCUAGAUAA